AUGGGUCAACAUCAAUCCAAGGCGCCUUGUCAUGCGCCUUUUCCCGAUGUACCACGUCCUUAUCCCAUCGCAGCAUCGGGCUGGCUCAAAGCUUCCCGUCGUCGAAAGGCUGGUCCUAGCACAGACACCAUUUCGCUGCCUCACCAUCACUUUAUCCCUCACCAGCAACGUCAGCGAUCGGCCGGUCCCAUUCGCACUCGACCCGAACCUUCAGAGUAUGCCCUUAGACCAUCGUUACCACCAUCUUUCAUCACUGCAUCCCCAUCACAUGACCUUGAUUACUCUCCAUCAAAACGAGAGGAGGAAUUAGCAACCACAAAAAUGCACCCUACAGAUUCUGGGACAGAGACAGAUGACUCCAAGACAGUCAGGCGCAUCUCUGCACACCGAAUCAGUGCUUCCCCACGACAGCCACCCCUUCCCGAAGAAAGCGAAGUCCGUAAAGACCAUCUCGUGAGCGACACAGCUGCCUCCCUUUUGCCAAACACCGAGUUGCUCUCUGCUCCUGCUCCAUCCCCAGAUAGCGAUCCAACGCUGUCUUACGCUCACCGGAUCGGUCUCAUUGAUCACCCAGACACAACUAGCUUGACUGUGCCUGCCGGAGUUGCUUAUUUCUCUGAUUCAACAGCACGACAUGCUUCGAAUGGCUCCGGGGAGCAGGCCAACAACGUUGUUGCUUCCACUCAUUCGAACAUGCUGCGCGCCAGCCAUGGCGGUUACGAACCUUCCUCUCAUUCGAUGCGUAGCACGAGCGAGAGGGGACGAAACAGGCGAGAUCAUCAUCUCAAGGCACGCGGUAGCCCCAUGAAUGCUAUUUCAAGCUCCUCAGGUCGUCCUCGAGCUCUGAUUGACAAGUUACUUGGCGUCAAAGGAAGCGCACCGGAGGCUUCUCCCGCCGAGACCAGCUCUAUCACUGUCCAGGCACAGCCAACAGAAGCUGCUUCAAACACAGCAAGCGUGCGGACGCGCCUCAGAAGUGCUUCUCAAAAGCCGAGUCCUGACAGAACCAUCAAACGAGCAAGCGCGCCUUUGUCAUUUCGACAACCAUCAUUCUCGCAACUGCAGUCAAUGAAGCAGCCCGUAGAAUCGUCAAUGGUCAGUCAGCAUUCACCCAAGUCUUCGCCACCAUCCGAAAGACAGAACCGAGGCUUAUCCCAAGCCGGUUCUGAGGCCUCUUUGGUCGUAGUCGGCGAAAGACGCUCAUCUCUUCCUCAAGCACCUGAUCACGCAAGACAGUUAGACGGUGUAUUCUCACCGAACGACACUUGCUCAACGCGUCCGUCCAGUACGAGGGCAGUCAACUAUCAGCGCAGCGUCAGGUCAACCAAAAGCUUGACGAGCUCUAACGCCAGUCUGCGUGCUCGCUACAGUGCCGCUCGUUUGUCAGGCAGCGGUCUAAGCCAGACCAGAGCCGAUCUCAGCACACGGUACCUGUCUUCGCCUUGGUGGAGGUCGGUUUCUCUCAAGCGCAAAGGCUCCCAGGGGCUCGGAGCAGGUCAUCAGGCUACAAAGCACGGUCGUUCGGCUGCAAGUAUCGCACAAUACCACGCUUCAGAGUCAGCAUGGGUAGAUGCGCUGCCCGAACCGAUACGGCACAAGCUCGAGAAUGAAAACUCUGCAAUCAGCCAAGACUCCACUGAAGUCUCUACUGCGUUUACUGAAGCGAGCAAGGCCAAACAGCAAGGAGGGCUCUGGAACUGGCCUCAAAGACCUUCGACCGCCCGCAUGUUGAGGUUUGGCCUCUCCCGAACCCAGUCCGGUCGCCAGCCACGUGUUGAGAUCGAACACGUUCCGCCUAACAACGUCGCAAGAGUCGAGUCACGUGUCUUUCCUUGUUCGCAAGUCAACGUCGUGGGCAUGGCGAACGACACGGCUUUGACCCCUCUGCGACGUGAUGUCAGCGGUCCCAGCACGGAAAAUUCGAGGCAGUCUUCCUUCUCUUCUUUGGCACCACCUAUUCAUCCGUCUCCGCUUCCACCCCUCCGUCGACCGCGUCGCGCUCAUCAACAGGCACAAGCCACAUUCAGGCAAGACAGAUCCGGCUCGGAAGACUCGAGCUUAACGUUGAAUCCGACUGACGUGAACAACGCCUCCAGCUCACGUUAUCUCCACCCAACACCGGCCUUGAUCGAGUCUCAUCCAUCACACAGCUCAGCGGCAGGAUCGGCCAUCCCUGAGACGGUAGCUAGUACGGCCACAUCGUCGACAGCAGCACAAGCCUCCACUGCAGCUACGAGUGUGAUCACCGUGUCGGCAGUCAUGGUACCGAGCAGCAGCACAGCUGUGACAAAGUCACCGCUUCGAAGCCCAGCAGCCAAGCGACAUGCAGGGCCCUUUACCCUAUCACCUGAACCAACCACGUAUCGACGCUUGUCAGAAGAUUCGGACGCGGGCACAAGAGAGAUCCUGCUCUCAGAUCGUGAAUCAGUGGCUGCACCUACAGCUGGUUCUGAUACCUCUGCACGUGCUUCAGUCGACGAACUAAAUCCAAACAUCCAAAGCUUCUAUCCUGCAGGUGCUUUUCUCACAGGCUCAAUCAAGCCUUCCGUGGCCGCUGGCGCUGCCGCUGCAUCCCCUCUUUCUGGCAUGACGGAGCAAGAGACCGCGCCUCUUCCGCUACGCCGUGUCGGAGCUUUGCCUGACAUGCCGGCACCUCUUUCCUCCUCAGGUCACGUUCUCAGUUUUGACACAGUAGAGAACGUGCACGGACAGCAUGACAGCGAGCCUAGCCGAUCCUUCCGUUCUGCUCGCUCAUACAGGUCGACGAGUGACGGAAGUAUCCUGCCCAGUCGUCCAUUGCCUGCCGUGCCUGGUCGGAGUCGCGGUUUUUCGCUUGAACCUGUGAUCAGUCACCGAGACGCAAGCUUUGCGACACAAUCGUUUGCCAAUGACAUUCUUCAGCGCCCGAAAGCUCAAGAGAUCGAUGGCUUGCCGCCACGGGGCACGCAGCCUCCGUUCAUGCUCAUGGGUAUGGUUGCUGCUGCAACAUCGCCAACACAGCCAACGCAGCCAACGCACAGCAGCCCUGAUCAAAACUCUGUUGGCAGAGGUCACGCUCACUGUGCACGUCGUCCUUCACGGUCUAGCACAGGCUCACGAACAUCUCCCUUGAUGGGUCCACGUCCUUUGCCGUCAAUCCAAAGCAGGAGUACAAACGCACCUGCUGAGCAGACGCAGGCUUUGCUCAAUCGUUCGUCUCCCCUCCCGCAAUCUCUGGCCGUCAAAAGUGAUGCCCAAGAAGGCCAACCACUAUCUUCGUCAGCAUUCCACGAAAGCACUCACAACAAAAAUGCAAGGUCGACGCAUUCACUAAUGGGACGGGGCUGCAGCUGGAACUCUGCCGAGGAGCAAUGGUCCACAACUGUCAUGGCACCCAGCUCGACGCUUAGCGCGGUUCGAGGCACGAAUUGUCCUGAGAAGAGGAGCAGCGAAGAACAAGUACAUCAAGACAUUCCGGCAACACCGGUUGAGACCAUUGGAUAUCCUCGUCUCAACGCAGAGUCUGGAACUGUCAACGAUGAUCAGGAUGCCGAGCUUGCGCGACUCGAGAAAUCACGAUCGCGGAGCAGAACGCUACCGCGAAAUCACUCAUCUGACAACAUAGAACUUCCAGACAGCACCGAGAGGGCACCGUAUGCCGAUACGGGCGUUCAGGCAAGCCUUGCUGCCCUUCGUGCUCGCGAAUCGCCAGGCGAGAGUCUCAGGACUAUUCUCGCCCGCCAACGCAUCCUCGGCGAGCCGGAAGGAGCAAUGAUUGAAUUCCUACGUGAAUCUCAUAUCUUAGAUUCCGAAACUUGUCUAGACGAUCAGGAGGUGCGAGCAGCAAGUGGGCCUCGCAGGAGAAGACGCGCUGCUCCAUAUCCGAGCAGAAGCGAUUCUCGCUACUCGUCGGAUGAGCUUUCAUCAAGCGGCCGAAGCUUGUCUCAUCUUCGAGUAGAAGCAGCACGAAGACGACGACAGAGAAACGACACCAGUAUGGCAGAACCCCCGGGCUCUUGGUUGCCCGAGCUGAGUGGGCGCGGCUCCGAGUCUUCAAACACGGUGCUUGCUGCCAUCCGUCUCGCUCGUUCCAUCAUCGAGAAUGCCGCGAUCAAUGCAGAUGCUGCGCUUAGCCCGAGCCUUCGCGAGUUUCGCGGCAGUCGACUUAACGUGGAUGCAAACGUAUCAAAUCAGACUCAAAAAGCGAACGCUUCAUUGCCUCCUGACGUAUCGCCGGAUCUGAGCCGUGGGGGGCAUGAUGUACACCCAAAGCGUCCCAGCCACCAGCGGUACGUCACAGCCCUCUCGCACACCGAUCUGACGGCUCCAUCAGAGGAACGACACGCUCAGGAUUCAGAUCGAGUCGCGGUGCUGGGUACAUCUGAAACUCCAAAGACGGACAAAUACAAGUCGAUGAGUUUUCACGACAAUACAGCCUCACCAGUGUCGAUCGAGAAUCCUGUGGUACGCUCGAAUGAUCAGUGCUUCGCAGCCGGGCUCCUUUCGCCGCCCAUACCAACGGUAACACGGACCGUGUUGCCUUCCUUGAAGGCGCAUUCCACCGACCGCUCUGGCUCUAUGCAGCUCGAACCUGCCAGAUUUGCCGCUCGAAACAGCAGCUUGGAUAUUUCGCACACUCUCACAGCGAUAACGCCAUCAUGCGAACAAGAUGAUCGAAUGACGCGACGCAUGCUCGCACACCAGCAACAUCAACGAUCCCGAAGUGACGUGCAGUCAUCUGGUGCACGCAGCAGCAGGUUCACGUCAUACCAGCCAGAAAAGAGCCGUUACGACGCCCAAAUUGAAGAGCUGUUGCUGCUUCGCGAAAAGGUGCUGCAGCUGGAGAGUUCAAUGACACAGACAAGCCGGCCCAGCUUUAAUGCUGGCUUUAAAGGCCCUAGUGGCCCUAUGUCUACUCGAGCAGGUCGAUCUUUCAUCACGGAAGGUUCAGCGAGACCUGGCACGAGCUUCGUAUCGUCGAACAGAAUUUCGAGACCGUCAAAGCUGGGUUAUACAAUGCCAGACAUUAUGGCAUGGCAGGCUGGUCUUGGAAGCACCGCGAACGACACUUCUCCGAAUCCAUAG